AUGGCAUCGCUGCCAAACUUCGAUGACCUACCUCCCGUCAAGGGUAUGCCCCAAGGCUGUGCUUGGGGUAUAUUUGAUAAGAAUGGGAAGAAAGAUGUCCUGGGAACCCUGAAUCUGCUCACUUCGGAGGUCAUCAAGGAUGCUGCUAUGGAGGUCCGCCAAGGCGUGUCCAUUUCUCUGAAUUGGCCCAUCGGAAGUAUCAAAAUCCCAUGGUUCUUUCGAAAAAGCCUCUGCCAUAAUGUCAUGAAAUUGGAGGAUCCAGUAUCCGGGUGCCAUUUUGGGUUUGACGACGAGGUUGAGUUCAACACCCAAGCCAGCAGUCAGUGGGAUAGUUUCACUCACUUCAUGCAUCUUCCAACCGGGCUCGCCUACAACGGAGCGAGGCCAACGAUUGACGCAUUCCAGGUCUCCAAAUCUGCCCAAUGUCUCCCGACACUAGAUCACUGGCAUCAACGUGGCUGUGUAACGGGCCGAGGCGUACUAAUCGACUUCAAAACUUACGCUCAAGCCCAUCAGAUAAGCUACGACCAGUUCUCCGGCUUCCGCAUCGGGACAGCCGAGCUCGAAACAGUCGCUGCCUGGCAGGGGGUAACCUUCCGGGCGGGGGAUAUCCUCCUGAUCCGAUUCGGCGUAACCGAGGCGCUAGGUCAGAUGACUGGCGCCGACCAGGGUGCUGCGAUAAGCAGUGGUAAGAUGUGUGGUCUGGAGGGGAGCAAGGAAAUGGCACGUUGGCUUUGGGAUCGCCACUUUGCUGCUGUUGUCAGUGAUAACACGGCUGUUGAAGCCAUGCCACCAAUCAUCGAUGGUAUUGAACAACCUACAUACGAGCUUGUCCUGCAUCAGUGGUGUCUGAGCUUACUGGGAAUCCCACUCGGUGAGCUGUGGGAUUUGAAAGCACUGGCUGAUGUCUGUAAGGCUAGUAAGCAAUAUUCGUUCUUGCUUACUUCCUCCCCGCUUAACUUUCCCGGGGCCGUCGGAAGCCCGCCCAAUGCCCUGGCCAUCUUGUGA